CCUCUUCAACGUCUAUUUCUUUUCCUUCCAUUUUGACCAACAGUUGGUGGAUUUUGGUCUCGCAUAUUCUCUUCCUUCCGCCUCUCUUAACAAAAAAAAAAAAACUCUGUUAUGGCCAGCAAAGUGAGCAAUGUUAUCCUCUGUUUGUUAUGUUUGCUAUUCUUCGUGGGGCCAUCUUCUUCCCUGCUAGAGACAUUAGUGCAGAUAAGGAUGGGUUCGCAGGGAGAACUUACGACUGAAGGUUACGUCCUUGCAGAUGAUUGUAAGUCUAAUCCAGAAAAGCCAUGUGUGGCGCAAGAGAUUCCUGAGUGCAGGAAUUCUACAUUUCCAUCGGAAUAUUUCCGUCAAUAUUAUUUCGACCCGACCCUUACGAAGGAUGGAUUCAAGUUCAAUGAAGGUGAGAACCUGACCAUUAUGGAUUGUGAGGCCAAGUGCUUCAACAACUGUUCUUGUGUUGCCUAUGCAUCUACAAAUCUGGAUUUCCAAACUGGCUGUCAGAUUUGGAGCACACGGCCAAGUACUGCAACGAAUUAUUCCGAGGGCGACGACAUGUACAAAGUAAUCCACUUACUCGAAGUCCAAGACGGCCGACGACGACUUACUUCUGACGGGAGUGACAACCAAGUCAUGUGGACUAGGACAUGGGCAAAUAGGUGGUGGAUAUGGCUCAUCGUGGCAAUAGUGGGAAUUAUUAUCACCUCGUCUUGCUGUUUAUUCUUUAAUGAAAGAUUGAUGAAGAAAGAGGAGCGAAUAAGGAAGGCACAAAAGAUGCUCCUCCUAGAACUUGGAGCUAAUGCAAUACAUUCAACUGUACAUGACAAAGUGAAGAAACUAAAUAAUGAUAGGCAAGGUAGUCAUGAUUUGCAAAUCUUCAGCUUCGAAAGCAUUUCCGCUGCUACAAGUAAUUUUUCAGCUGAAAAUAAACUAGGACAGGGUGGUUUUGGACCAGUUUAUAAGGGCAAAUUAUCUGAUGGGCAAGAAAUAGCAAUAAAGAGACUCUCGAGAUGUUCUGGACAGGGAUUGGUAGAGUUUGAGAAUGAAGCUAUUCUUAUUGCUAAACUCCAACAUACUAAUCUUGUCAGACUUUUAGGGUUUUGCAUUCAACAAGAAGAAAAAAUACUAAUCUAUGAGUACAUGCCCAACAAAAGCUUAGACUUCUUCCUCUUUGAUUCUAGUAAAAAGUCUCUAUUAAAUUGGGAAAAGCGCUUCAACAUCAUAGAAGGCAUUGCUCAAGGACUAGUUUAUCUUCAUAAAUAUUCAAGACUAAAAGUAAUUCAUCGAGACUUAAAAGCAAGCAACAUUUUGCUUGAUCAGGAGAUGAAUCCAAAAAUUUCUGACUUUGGCAUGGCUAGAAUAUUUGGGUUGAAAGGAUCAGAAGAAAAUACAAAUAGAAUUGUUGGAACAUAUGGUUAUAUGUCUCUGGAGUAUGCCAUGAAUGGAGUUGUUUCAGUAAAAACUGACGUAUUCAGCUAUGGAAUCCUACUACUAGAAAUAAUGAGUGGCAAGAAAAAUAAUAGUCGGUAUCACUUUGAUCAUUCACUAAACCUUAUAGGAUAUGUAAGUUUAUCUCUUUAACUGUUAUUAAUUUGUAAAUGGUAUUUUUAACUUAAUAGUUAACAUUUUGUGUACAACUGGACUUGUAUCAGGCAUGGCAGUUAUGG